AGCUUGAGGGCAUUUCAUAAGAGCCGUUAGGUCGAGCACACGACAUUGAGUUCAAUCGUAAACCAGACGACGUAGAGGUUUCGCAGUUUUCUGGCCCUCCUCGCGUUGACAAUGCAGCUCAGUUGUGUAGUCCUUGGUUUCUUGGUUCUCUGUCUCUUUGAGGUAGUGUUUGCUGCUCCAUCUGGUAAUGGAGGAAAAGUCGAUCCUCUGGCAGGAACAUUUGGAAUAAAUGGUAAAUAUAUCUUCAUCGAAACAUCGAAUCCCAGAAAGAAAGGUGAAGCAGCCACCUUGAUAUCAGGUCCAUACAUCGGUGUAUUAUGCAUGCAGUUCUAUUAUCACAUGAGAGGAAGCCAGAUCGGUGAUCUUCGGAUCUACAUGUCCGAGAGAGGACCAGUUGGACAGAAACUCAUCUGGACGAAGGAGAAACAACAAGGACAGUUCUGGAAGAGAGAAAACGUCACUGUUUAUGGCUUUGCAUUUGAUAUCCUUCUCGAGGCUCGUGUUGGAGGAGGGUAUGAAGGCGAUAUCGCGAUGGAUGAGAUUACCUUCACUCCUGGCACCUGCUACCCUAAUGAAAAUCGCGAAAAACUCUUAAAAAGUCGAUCAAGUGCACAAGAAGAUGGAUUAGAUAACUCUACCACUAAAGGAAGUUGUGAUUUUGACUCAAGUUUGUGCGGUUGGUCAAACGAUAUCAUGAAUGACGACUUUGACUGGACACUGUCGGCGCAACCAACUGACACGAAAGGAACUGGGCCAGCGAAAGAUCACGGCGGAAAAAAAGGUGGACGCUUCAUGUUCAUCGAAGCCUCAUCACCAAGACGAUCGGGAGAGAAAGCCCGACUCUUGAGCCCGCAGUUGUGUGGCCAAGUGUGUCUGCGGUUUUACUACCACAUGUUCGGUGUCGGGAUGGGCAACCUCAACAUCUUAAGAAAAGAAGGUAUCAACGGCAAAGGGGACAGAAUUUGGUAUGCUCGAGGCAACUGGGGUACCAAAUGGCAUAGAGCUGUUGCAGAGAUGAACUCUGAUCAACAUUGUUAUCAGGUCAUAAUCGAGGGAAUUAUUGGAACGACGUACACCUCAGAUAUUGCGAUUGAUGACGUGUAUGUACAGAAGGGAAGCUGCUGCGAGAUGACAAGUGAACUGAACAGACUCGAUUUCACAGGAAACUGUAAUUUUGAUAAAUCAUUUUGCGGAUGGACGAACUUGAAGAAUGAUGAUUUUGAUUGGAGUCUUGGGAAGGGAAAAACACCAAGUGACCAUACUGGACCAUCAAAAGGAUUCGGGAAAACCGACGGAUAUGCCUUCAUUGAAGCGUCUGAGCCAAGAAUUGGCGGUGAUACAGCAAUCAUGGCCAGCGGUUAUCUACUGGGCUCAAUGUGCAUGCGCUUCAGGUACCACAUGUAUGGCGAAGACAUUGGAUCAUUGAGCGUAUUUAGGAAUGGCGACGGUGUUAAGCWGCAGUUAUUGUGGCAACAAGAUGGUAACCAGGGCAACACGUGGAAUGAAGUUGAAAUUGCUAUUGAUUGUARCGUUACGAGAUACUUGGUGGAGAUUGAAGCUUCUGUAGGUGGCUGGCGAGGAGAUAUUGCUGUGGACAACAUCAAGUUUACACCCGGUGCCUGUCCUCCUAAACCAGUUAUCAUCAAGAAUAUUAACUACACCACAGCUGCACCACCAGUGAUCAGUAAACUACCAGAUUUUGAUGGUUUUUGUAAUUUUGGCCGAGGAUUUUGCAACUGGGAGAAUGAUGUUGAUGAUUACUGCGACUUUUACAGGCAACGUGGACCAACUGCCACUCUAAACACUGGACCUUAUAAAGACUUCUCUGGAGAUGGUUACUACAUUUACCUUGAAGCCUCCAGCAGACGCCCCGGUGAAUUUGCCAGGCUGGUCAGCGGUUCGAUAAAGGACACCAAGUGCUUAAAGUUUUAUUACAACAUGCACGGAGAAGGAGUUGGAGAUCUUAGGGUCGAUCUGAGGGAAAGUGAAAACUUCAUUUGGAAUACCACGUGGUCUGUGUCUGGUGACCAAGGCUUAAAUUGGAAUCCAAUCGCUUUGACGAUUUCUGGAAAAGACUAUGUAAUUGGCAUUACUGCAGUUCGAGGACGCAAUUUCAUUGGAGAUAUUGCAAUAGAUAGCAUUGCGUUAACGCCAGGACCUUGUUUUGAUAACGAACUUGAAGUUGGUGCAGCCCAGUCAGCUAAGCUCGUUGAUUGUACCUUUGACAAGAGAGACAUGUGUGAUUGGAGGAACGAAAAGUCAGAUGAUUUUGACUGGACUAUACAGAGAGGAAGAACACCAACGGGAAACACAGGGCCAGGAAGAGAUCGUAGUGGCAAUGGAUAUUAUAUGUACAUCGAGACCUCUACUCCCCGUCGACCUCGUGACAAGGCCCGUAUGAUCAUGGAGGUCAGCCAGGACGUCUGCAUGACUUUCUUUUAUCAUAUGUAUGGUGCUGAUAUUGGGGUCCUAACAGUCUAUCAAAAAGAAGGCUCAAGCGAUUACGCAAGAGAAACGGUUAAAUGGAAAAAAGUUGGAAAUCAAGACAACAGAUGGAGUGAUGCGUCUAUUUCUUUUACAGCCAAAGGCAAAGGAAGUUACUGGAUCAUCAUCGAAGGCACGAGGGGGAGGAGCUACCAAGGUGACAUUGCCAUUGAUGACAUCACAUUUAAACCAGGUCCUUGUGCAGGAAGAUGGAGACAAUAUCAAAAUCUCUCUUAAACUGAAAUAGCAACACUUUCAAAGACUGCUGUAAACAUGAUCUGCGCCUGACUUAUACAGUAGUUUUACUCGCCUUAAACCUUAAUGAUACUUGUAUCAAUCCCAUACAAGCCACCACUAAAAAUACCAAGCAUCCCUUCAAACAACAUUCGGAACCUAAUACUCGAGUAAUACUUCUCAAAUUCUACUGAUAUGGAUAAAACAAGAUGUUUUCAAUGCACUCACCACACAUACUGUACUAAAUAUAUUAUCAAUAUGCGAGCAUCAAAUAUAUUGUAUCAUAUACCAAAUUUACUAACUCACAUAUAUAUAUCAAGAAAACAAGUAACAACRAAUAUUAGGCCGGCUUAGGAUAAGAUUUAGCUGUCAAUGGCAAUCAAUAAUUAUGAAGUUAAAGAUUUGUCGCAAUUUUUGUAAGAGCAUUAAUUACAGUUCAACUCGUAAGGUUAUCGUAAAGUAUURUUCUAAUUGAAAAUAAACGAACAGCAAAUGAACUUAA